AGCCCGAGCCGAGCGCCUGGGACGGCGGCCUCUGCGGUAUAAAUGGCCGGCGCUGGCACUGCGCGGGGCCCCUGGCGGUGAGCGCGCGGCGGCGUGCGCGCUACAAAGGAGCUGCCCAGCGGAAGCGGCGCCGACUCGCCUCCAUGGCCUUCAUUCGGAAGCGGCGGCAGGAGCAGCAGCAGCUCUACUCCAAGGAGAGGUGCGUGAAGCGCCGCGGCGGGGCGAGCUUCCUCCCCCGGCCCGUUGUCAGGGAGCGGGGCCGCCCUUCGCAAGCCCGGCGGGGGCAGCUCGGGGGGCGGCUCGGGCGUAAUGCGCGCCCCGGCCGGCUGCUCAGAAGCGCCCCGGAGUCCCAGUAAAGCUCAAGCCGGGCUGGCGAGGGUGGGACGCCUGCGAUAGAAGGGCCACCUCGGUCCUUGCCCCACGGUUAGGCCUCGCCCUCCCGGCCGCUCAGACGGGGGGCGACCAAGAUGCGAGGGGGCGGCGAGGAGGGCGAGCGAAAGCGGCCCGCUUGGGCAGAGCUGCCAGGGGGCGCGUCGCGCCCGCUGGUCCUGCAUUGCUGCGAAGGCGGCCCUGCGACGCGGAAGUCGAGCGGGGCUGCUUUUCUUGGGGCACCGCAGUGCCUGCUCACUGCCGGCUCGGCUCCGAGAGCUGCAAAGGAUGCGCAAGUUGGGGGGGGCGUCGUUUGCGAGGGGAUCGGAUGGCGCGGCGUGUUUGGAAUAGGCUUCCCUUCUCGCGCGCAAACCCCGGCCGCGUAAAAUUCCGCCCACUCGCCUUCGCUUUUUUCUGCUUACGAAAAAAGAGCAACUUUCUCAUUUUCUAUCGUUUGGGACGGGUGUUCCUAGCGGUGCUUUGAGUAGAAAGUGACAGGCCAAUAAACUUUCGGUUGUAUUUACUGGUGUAGCUGGGAGCUUUUGAGUGUUUGUAUUGCUCCAGGUGUGAUCAGUUUGUUCCCCGGCUUUAGUUUGUGCGAGACCUGACUUCCGUAACCGGGACUGUCAUGCAAGGAAUGUGAAGCAUUUGAGCAUGUGCAGAAUGCAUUUCCCCUCGUCACUGAGUAGCUGCUGCAACUUGUGUUAUAAACUUAGGAUCAUGGCUCACAGACAGGCAUUUUUGGGGUGAGAGGCAUGAGAGGAUCGGAUACAUGUCCAUAGCUGAAAUAUAGAUUGAAACAUUAGGCUAAGGACAUUUAGUUGUAUUGGAUAUUAACUUUUUCAUAAGUGUGAAAAUAUUUGCCCAAUGCUUGUCAGCUAUUCUAGGACCUCAUUGCACAUACCGGCCAAAACAUUGGCAUUGAUUAUACCCUCUCAACAUUUCAUGGAUGAAUAGAUAAACAAUUAUUCCAAUAGUGGAGAACUUAGGUUGGGCUUUGGUGCUGUCUGGUAAGGUCAGGGAGAUGGGUCCAUAGUGUCCCCUAGUUGGAGAAAGGGGAGUUAGAACCAGUCACAGGCCAGGCACAAAUGAGCACUUAGGGUUCAUACAUCUUGUCAUUUAAUGGGAAUAGUAAACUUUCUGUAGCUCCAUUAAUUCUCCAUUCACCUCCAGAUCACUGCCUUCCUCCACUUCCCGCUCCCUCAGUCUGGAUUUUAUCAUACCUGAGAUACUAUGACAAAAAAAAAAAAAGAAUCUUAGAAUUGUAGAGCUAGAAGGGACCCCAAGGGUCAUCAAGUCCAACCCCCUGCAAUGCAAGAAUCCUGCCCACAGCCGUCCCUGGGUGGGCUUGAAGCACCAGCCUUCUUGUUAACAGCCAGACACACCCACUUGCACCGCAGGAGGAUAGGGUAUUUUAUCUUGGAUUUAAACUGUGUUUUAGAAUGAUCUUAUGCUUAUUGUGUUAAUAUUUAUAUGCUAUAUUAAUAUUUAAAGUUUAGACUCUUGUGUUAAUGUUUGUGAACCACCCACAGGGCAUGGUUAAUGGGCAGGCAGUAGAUAUCUAAAUAAAUGUCAGCUGACAUGGUGGUGGGACCCUAAACAGGAGCACUCCAUACUGCAAUUCUUUGUUGCAGGUCCUGCUUGCAUAAUUGGCAGCAUAUGGUAUAAUGAUAGGGGGUUGCAGCAUGAUAUUUUGCAUUAGAAAGUUUAAUGGGACUUCCAAAUCUGCACACAGUUGUAGUCUUAAUAGUGUGUCUCUUUCACUACUAUGCAACAUUGUUCUGUUCCCAGCACCAGGUAUGUGAUUUUGCCUGCAAGUAAGUCCCAAUAACUUCCAUGGGCCUUAAAAACACGCUUUGGUUAUUUAAGAUGCAAGGCUUCCAGAGCAGAUAGUGUUAUUCCAAGUCAGGCUUAAUCUAUGAUGUUUUUCUAAAGAAAAUAAUAAAAAAUGGUACAAUGGAAUAAUUUAUUCCCUUACCGCACCUUCCUCUUCUCCACUUUCUUUUAAAAAGCAAGCUUAAUAUGUUUAAUACUUCUGUACAAACUUCAGGUUACCCAAAAGUACGAACAUAUAUCUUAGCUUUUUAACUGUAAACAUAUCCUCCAUAUUUGUAUCUUGCAUCAUGCCUUACUGUAUUUUCAAUAUGACUUUUUGGUUCCUGAAAUUCAUUUUGAUUGUGCAGAUAAAAUAUAACAGAUAGACUUCUACAGGGUAUGUAGCUAGUGUGUGAAAAUAGUCAAGAUCGAAGGAUCCUCAGGCAUGCACCUCCAGACGAUGGAGACCUCAGGUGCCAUCCUGGCACCCAGGCAUAUUCACUUGGUUGCAAAUGGCUGAUAGGUGCAAAAUACAUCUGGCGCCUGGCGAAUUUCAAACGCUCCUUCUGUGGUUCAGUGCUUAAGGUAAGAAGCACUGUGUAAUGCAGUGGGCUAUCAAGGAUGGGAUUUAGAAAGCCCCUUCUGUCCCAGGUGAAAUUGGAACCAUUGGAGCAAGUCCUGAGAAGGGCCAUUUCUAACAGACUCUUGUCUGAACGUCUGCAAAGCUACUGCUUAAAGUAGAUGCUUAAGUAGAUAAAUCAAUGGUCUGACUCUGUAAUCAGCUUCCUAGGACCACAUUUACUUCUUACUGACUACUUGAAUAGACUGCUGCCUAAACUCUCUUCCUUGAAUCUGUGCAGACUAAAGGGAAAAUCUGUACUCUGACUGAAGCUGGCAUUUUUGUGUUUUGUUUGUGGGUAAUCCCAUAGUUGUACUAAAGGGGGAUUUUUCACUGCAGAUUGCAGUUUGUAGCUUGGGCCUCACUGUUUGUGGUUUCCCCACCUACGCGGGGGAAUGCCUUUGUGUGAAGACUCCAAUACUCCCUGCAAUUCCUUUCUGAGCAAUCAUGCUGGAGGAGGCGGCGGCACUGGUCACAUGCAAAUGUUUCACAGAUGAAGUUUCUGAUGCAAAAGCAUCUCUGCAUUCUUAGCGUUAACACAGAGGUCACCAGCUGCUCAACCUUAGAAGAAAUAUCACAUGGGUAUGAGACAGUGGAAAUGGUUGAGGAAGAAAAGGAUAGGUAGGGUGGAGCUAGAACAUUAUGAAAAGUAAGUUAGCUGUCAGCUUUGGGGGUGGGCUAUCCUUCUAUAUGCGUUUAAUUUUCUGCACCCAAUUCCAGAAGAAAACACUAUAGGGUGGGGUGGGGGUGGGGUGGGAUUAAGGGUUAGUAGAUCUCUUCUGGAAAGAGCCGUAAGUUAUUGACAGUUGUGGGCUUUUUAAAUGAGAGUUUUUAGGACUGAAGGAAAUUUCUUUCUUAUUUUGCUUGAAAUUUUCCAUAUCUUAGAGUAUAGAAAGUAAAAUGCUCUGGGCAGAGUUUAAUUGCAUUUUCUACAAUGUAUUUCAAGUGUUUGUUACAUUUAUGAUCUUACAACAGCUCCCUGCAUUACUAUCUUCCUAUCGCAAAGGUUGUGGGUUGCCUAAGGUCACCAAGUGCCUAAGAUGAGCUGAGCAUUGGCACUGUCCGGCCAGCUGUAUAUCUUUAAUACAUAUGCGACCUGCAACAGCCUGUUGCAUUGGGGUUAACCAGUUGUGCCCUUUUCCAGAAAGCUCCCUUCCAUUCCCCACCACCCAUCGUUUUUCAUUUCCUCCCCUUUAACAUCCUAUGGCCACUGAACAUUCUUAACCCUCCUUAUCGUGUGUGUGUGUGUGUGUCCCUCCUUAGAAAAGCCACUCCAACAUAUUUUUGUACUUCUUCAAACCUAGGGGUUCCCCAAGCCAUGGCAUGUACCCUACUAUUGUGUGGAUGAUGCCCACUCAGAGAAUUAGUCCGCUCUCAGUACAUCCAUAACCUAACCUAUAAUAUCUAAUGAAGAACUUUCAAAUCAUAAUCAUCAAAUAAAGGGCAUGAGGCCAUGCAACAACAUUUCAGACCUGUGUAAGAAUCGUGCCCUUGGAAGUAAUAAGAGUCUGUGUAGCCACAAAUGCCUGGAGGGUUGUCCUUUUAAUUCUUACUUGGCAAGCUAAAUCCGAUAUUUGAGAUUUGCAGAUGCCUUAUAUACACACUGUUAAUAUUUAUUUGUUUAGGUGAUUUUCUGUAUUGCUUUAUGCCCCAAAGAAGUCUGAAUGUGGUUUACAGUAUUAUAAAACAUGCCAAAAAAAUACAACAACAAAAAUUUCACAUUUUGAAGCAGCAUGGAACAAUCAGAUAAGAUGCUCUUAAAACAUAAAGACAUACUAGAACAGUAAUAUAUGAGAGUCCAUAAUAACUGCCAGCAGACUUAAAGAAAGAAAGCAGAGACUACUAGCCCUACCCGUCCAAUAUGCAAGCCUGCCUUUUGUAAGUAGCGGUAGCACUCUCACUUCUGCUGUUGUAUCUCCAGUUUAAACUCACAAUAAAAGGUGGGGCAAAAUUACACACUUCCCAUCCCUGGUGUUCACUUCCAUUCCCUAGGGAGCACUUACAAUCAUUCUUCCCCCGAUGGUACCCAGAAAAACAACAGCAAUCAAAGGCAGUGAAUGUGCUAUAGCCCUUGGUGGAACCCAAAAGAGUUGACUUCAUAUUAAGAAAUAUACAGCUUGUAGGUAAAGGUGCCUUGAGUUGCUUGCAGUGAGAGAAUUUAAUAAACAAUAGUAAUAAGUAUCACUUAUUGUGUUCUGGAAGCUACCAACAUGAGUCUGACCAAACUGCGGGAGGCAGUGGAAGACAGGAGUGCCUGGCGUGCUCUGGUCCAUGGGGUCACGAAGAGUCGGACACGACUAAAGACUAAACAACAACAACAACAAUAAGUAUCACCUAGAAAGGUGUUGGUAUACAGAUUUUCAGUUCUACCCAUGAAAGCUUAUACCAUAAUAAGUCUAUUAGUCUAGAAUACUUUUUGUUGUAUUUGCUCUUUGCGGCUGUACACAGGGGUUGUUUUUUUUUAUGAUAAUAGGCUACCACACUUUCCCCUCUAAAUCUCUUACAUUAUCACUAACGAUAGAUUAUCACUGCCAGAUGGUGUAAUUUGUGUUCUGUUUCCUGACAGAUUAAUCAUAAUAUUUCAAGAUCUGGUUGCUGGCAGAGGAAAGUUUUUAUAUUUGAGCAGGAUGGACAUUUGGCAACAGACUGCUUAAAAGAAACAACACCCAGUGUUCAGCGCGAAGUAGUCAGCUGCUGAAACCCCAUGAAACCUCUGAUCUAGCUGCUUCCUUAAUACUUCAUGUGCCAAUGUGUGGUAAUUAGAGGAUGACUUGUCAGUUGCUGUCUCAGUGCAACUUAGCAAUGUUUUGAGUUAGGAUGUGGAUCCAUGCAUCUAUAACAGGCAUCCCCAACCUGCAGCCUAAUGUUUUGGCCUACAACUCCCAUGAACCCUAGCUAACAGGACCAGUGGUCAGGGAUGAUGGGAACUGUAGUCUCAAAACAUCUGAAGGGCCAAAGGUUGGGGAUGCCUGAUCUAUAAUCUCAAAUCCUUGUGAAAGUUGUGCUCCAGUCCAAUGUGCAGAUUUGUUUUUUUACUGUUCCUUUCAUGGUAUGGAAACAGUGGGUGGAAGACAAGUUUGCUAUGUUUUACCUCUCUACUAUCAGGGUCAUCAUGCUUUUGAAUGCUGCCUAGUUUGCAAACUUCCCACAAGCAUCUGGUUGGCCACUGUGAGAACAGGAUGCUGGACUAAAUGGGCCAUUGGCCUGAUCCAGCAGGUUGUUCUGUCCUUGCGUCCUUGAAUGUUCAUUCAACUAAUGAUAGAGUCAGAACUUCUUGAAGGCCCAAGUACUGCGGCAGGUAGCCUUCUCUCAGUCUACACUAAAGGAUUUUUUGCUUUGGAUGAUUGGAAAAUAAAACUUUAAAAUGACCUGGAAAUUCUGUAAGUGCAGUGAAUACUAUCCUGAAAAACAUACUUUGUUAAGAAAUGUAGUUUAUUAAAUCCAUCAAAUGGAGUUCUUCGUUUUGCAUAUUUAUGUAACUGAUAAUAUUAUGCGGUCAUUGUUUCCCUUAUGCUUAUGGUUUGAAUGAAAAACGACUGUGGUUUGCUCAGAUAAACUUGUACUUGUCCGUGCUGCUGCUUUGCUUCCUGUUUAGAAAUCUCAACGGCUUAUUCUUUCACGUUGAGUGUUGCAGCUAUAGUGCCACUUGUUCCUUAAAAGGCAAAGCACAAUGUGAGCGUGUGUGCAUGCAUUCACCAGCCUUGUAAACAGGCCCACAAAACUUCAUAGGGUCACAUCUAUAUCACACAUUUAAAGUACAUGGCUUCCACCCUUUUCCUGAAAAAAUAUAUAUUGGGAACCAUAAUUUACCCCUCACAGAACUACAGUUCCCAACACCCAGCACUAUAGUUAGUUCCCUGGAUUCUUUGAGGGGAGCUCUGUGCUUUAUAUACCGUAUUUUUUGCACCAUAACACUCACCUUUUUCCUCCUAGAAAGUAAGGGGAAAUGUCUGUGUGUGUUAUGGAGCGAAUGCCUACGGAUGACGGGGGGAUCUGCUGCAGUCGUGAGCAGAGGAUCCAUGGUUACAGCCUGCACCAAAAAAAUCACGCACCCACUGUUGCCUGGGGCCACAAUGGUGCAAAAACAUGGUUACAAAGCAUGGAUCCACAUGGAUCCUCAGGAUUUUUGCAUUGGGCUACCCCAAACUCACCGUCAGAUCACAUGUUGUUGUUAGCCGCCCUGAGCCCGGCUUCGGCUGGGGAGGGCGGGAUAUAAAUAAAAUUUAUGAUGAUGAUGAUGAUGAUGAUGAUGAUGAUGAUGAUGUCUGUGGCCGCAGCAUGAACCACAAAAAUCAUACAUCCACUGUUUUGUUUAGAAUAUUUUUUUUCUUGUUUUCCUCCUCUAAAAACUAUGUGCGUGUUAUGGUCGGGUGCGUGUUAUAGAGCGAAAAAUACGGUAUAUGGCGUGGAUGUUUCCUGCCUUGCUGGGGUCUGGCAGAAGAGAGAUGGAAAGCUCCAUCCCUCCUCCAGCAGCCUGCUACAUUUCCCUGCUGGGUGCAAAGGAGGGACAGAGUGUUUUGUCCCUUCUUUGCCUAUCCAUUCACUUGGGCUGCAUGAGUUUCCUUAUUGCCUACGGCUAUUGGGUAUGUGCUUUAAAAACAAGGCUGGUGUACCUGCACACUUCAUCAUCCAUACCUAAUGCCAUGAACAGAAGUUCAGAAAUCUAUUGUCAAGACAUAUGACAAGAAAUUGGUAGUAUAGAAAGUAAAAUUUCCAUCAUAAUCUGCUUUUUAAAUAAAUAAUGUGGCAGCCUGUUCACUAAAUCAAGGGAGUUUAUCGUAUUUGUUUUACCUUUCUUAUGCACUUCAUCUUCCAUAGUAUUUUCACCUGGUUCUAUAACUCAUGUCUUUAAGAAGCCAGAACUGGAAUGCAAUCUUGAGAAUGGCCCUAAGUGCAGGUACCAUAUAUUGGCUCAUACUAAACAGCUUUAAAAAGAGAGAAUUGGAUUUGUCCAAUUUUCAAAUCUGAAAUAAUACUUCGUGUUAAAUUAGGCCUUAGAAAGGAAGGAGACUUGAUGGAUGAAGAUAAUUUCAUAAUUCACUGAAGCUUUAGAGUCUGCAUAUUGAUUAAACAUUUAAAUUAAAGCCAAGAGCCCAAUCCACAGCCUAGCUUUUAUUGAAGUGUACCUCGUUUAAUUGAGUUUACCUGCAGGCUAAGUAGCACGGUUGGAAAUUGGUUCCACUAAAAUCCAUGCAUGUUUUCCAUUGGUGUAUAUCUUGCUUUUAGUCAAAGUAGUUUGGUACAGCUUGGACUUUUCAAACUCAAUAUGAUCAGCAUGGGGAGGUGAGGGAGUUGGGAGGUCUGGUGUUAGACCAGACUUGGCCGACAUCUGCUUACUUCCUUAACUUACCUUUCACCUUUCUGAUUCUACAAGCCUUAAGACUAAUUCAUGUAAUCUCAUCUAUCACAUGUUUACUGCCACUUUCGUAAUAGUUCUGUUAUUUGAAACUGGUGUUAAUGGGCCUGUCAUUGCAAAUAAUUCAUCUUCUUGCAAUGGAAUGAUAUGUCUGUUGAUGGAAGCAAAUUUAAUGAACGAUGAUCACCGGGUGGCAAGAUGAUAAUUUAACUGGUAGUAAGACUUGGUCAUUUUAGUGUUUUAGGAACAUAGUGCUGAAUAAUUCCUCAAGUAAUUUGAUAGGGUAUUUGUUCCCAAGAAUCUCAAGAGAGGAUAAGCAUCUCACCACACAGAUAAAUGGAGGAGCCACUUAGCAAUUCUCUGCAAGCUACUCUUCGUUACCAUGCAAUGAUUUAUUCAGUACCUUGCGUUAUUAUUGUCUAUUCAUCUUGUGAUUAGAAGUGAGAGAAGCUUCAGUCAUAUUAUAAACCCAUGUUGUUCAAUUUCUGCUUUCUCUUGCUCAAAUUAUCCAAAGCUGAGCUUUGCAGUGUUUAUGGGACACCAUCUGACCUCUGAGAAGAAAGACAAGAGCAAAGGAUUCAGACAAUUCUAACAGCUCUGCAGCAUCUCCUGAGUCAGAUGGAAUGGAGAGAGAGAGAGAGAGAGAGAGAGAGAGAGAGAGAGAGAGAUGUGUCUGCUCCCAAUUUCUUCAUAUAGAUCUUGUUAAGUUGUGGGUGAACAUAUCAGACGACACAGCGAUUCUUCAAACAGCUCUUGUUUAUUCAGAGGCCAGAACAGAACUGAGUUGAAGGGCUCAGUCAGCCUGCUUAUAUAGAGCUCCAGUAUAACGUUACUGUAGCAGCUUUCUAAAACUAUCCAAUCACUGAACGUCACUUUCGAUCCUUCAUUUGCAUAACUAUCUACAGUAUCCCCCUGCUGGCCCAGGGUGAGAACUUCAGUACAUAACAGAUCUUGACUAGUAUAGGAGACAGAAUGGACCUUUGCAGGGGCUUGGACUAGAUGACCUUUGGGGUCUCUUCCAACUCUGCAGUUCUAUGAUUCUGGAUCCAGAGAAGGCCUCUUCAAAGGAAGAUGCACCUGCCUCUUUCAAGGCAGUGGGAAUUACUUCCCUCACAUGACUGCAUUAAUUAUGCCCUUGGCCCAUCCAGUCAAGCCCUUUGUAUUAGAUAUUACCAGUCAUAAUGGGAAGGGAUCAAAAGGACAUAUAGUUGGCCUCCCUGCUACACACAGGAGAGUGUCUUAUAUUCUCUAAACAACAAAGAGUUUUGUGGCAUCUUAAAGUUUAUUAUGGCAUAAGCUUUCAAGAGUUUUCAGAUGCAUGAAAUGUUAUCCUGAGUUAUAAGUAUAUACAGCCGUAUCUUGGAAAUCAAACGGAAUCUGUCCUGGAAGUCUGUUCGAUUUCUGAAACAUUCAGCUUCCAAAGCUGAUUGGCUGCAGGAAGCUGCAGAAGCCCUGUCAGACGUUCGGCUUCCAAAAGAACAUUUGAAAACCAGAACACUCACUUCCAGUUUUCGAUCGUUCAGGAGCCGAAACGUACGAGUUCUGGAGCGUUCAAGAACCAAGGUACUACUGUACACCCAGUUUUGAGCCUAUGUGUGUGGUGGCGAGAGGGGAUUGCAGACUGAGGUCAGAAGGCAAGGAGAUGUCUGCACUGCAGUUUUUGCUGCAACAAGCUAUAAAGUGGCCAUCCCUUUGGAAAUUGAUCUUUCAUGUGGCAUGAAAUAUUCGAAUGCUGACGGUGAUGUGUGUGAAGAGUGGCUGUGUUGAAACAAUCACAUCCCUGCUUAAUAAACAAUGGCUACCAGCUUUGGCACAAGCCAGAACUUAAAUCAGCUUUGCAAAUUGAGGUUUAAAAUCCUGGCUUUUUCUGAAGCCGCUUAAUCAAAUUUCCCCAGUUCAGAUGAAAAAAGAAACUGACCUAUGGUGAUCUGGGAACUUGCCUUGUUUGGUUGCUUUGUGCUGCAAAGGAGCAAGGAAGGAGCUGUGCAUACAGGCAAAAGCCUUGUGUGUAUCUGCUCUUUGCAAGCUGAGUUGUGCCCAUGCAGAGUCCUUAAAAACAGGUAUCAGGAUAAUAGACUUUCCCACCUAUGAAGAUCAUAGAUAGUGGUUAACUACAAGCUUUUCUUUUUUUACAGACUUGCCUGGCUUAAUCUUAUAUAUGUGACUGAAGGAUGGCCCUGCUCCUGUUUUUUGGGAGCUGCUCUGUUUUCUAGAUUAGACUUUGCCAACCUGGUGCCCUCCAGAUGUUUAAAACUGUAACUCCCACCAGCUCCUUCUGAAAUGUGGUAGCUGGCUGGGGCUGAUGGCAAUUAUGGCGAAAAGAUAUCAGGAGAGCGCAAGGCUGCUGAUGGUGGUUGGAGGGUCUGAAGUGUAUUUCGUCAAGUCUUCUUGAGUAGCCAGAGGUUGGCAUCCCCCAUUAGCAGAGGACUUCACAGUUACGGAGUCCAUUGCCCCAGGGAUAACUGUGUGUGUGUUAACAAAUGCAUCCGAAACAGAUAUGCCAUUAAAAUAUAGAUUAGCUCUUUCUCUAAAAACAUUUUUCUUCACGUUUGCAUGAAAGCUGUGGACAAAGUAAAUAUUUUCUGAAUGGGUGGGGAACCUGUGCAAAAUAGCCACUGGCGAGGGAUCUUAGAAACUGUAGUUCAACAACACCUGGAAGGUCACAGGUUCCUCACUUAGUAAAGCGUAAAGUGCUGUGAUAGUCAAAUAAUAAUAAUUUUGCUUUUAUUGUUUGCAGGUUUUCCUUGCUACUCCUUAAUCUGGAGGAAUACUACUUCGAACAGCAUACAGCUAAUUACAUUUUUAACAAGGAUGGCAGAGAAAGAAGGUACAAUAGCACUUCCAUAAAACUGAGAAGACUGGAGAAGUUAUGGUGUUACAUCUGCUUAGAAUUCUGCAAUAACUUUUAAAUGUUUUUUCAACUCUUAGGAAAAUCAGGGGGUCAUUAAAAAUCUGCUCAAAAUCAGUGAUAUUUGAACCUGAUGAAAUAAGCCACCCCAUUAUUAAAGUAAGUACGUUAGUAACUGAUGGCAAUGGUUUGUGGUGUGCUUCAGUUUCAAAACAAAAUAAUUUAAUGUAUAUUUAUGUAAAUUCCUAUAGAUUCCAUUGAGAGACUGCAUUAAAAUAGAAGCACCAGAGGAUAGUGAUACAAAUGAUUUCUAUGCAGGGUAUGUGGUUUUUUGAAAGCGUUUGUCGAUAAUUUUUCCUUUUCUUUUUAGCUUGUGGUUUUAAUUGGUGUGGUGAUUGGUUUUCACAUCUGUGUUUUAGGGCACUCCCUGGACAGAUUUCUAUUUUAUCCAAUCAGGUAAGUUCCUCAUUCUCCAGAAUUUAGUAAAGGGUUAGGUGCAACAGAAUCCUAAACUCAUUUAGUUUAGGAUUCUGUUGCACCUAAACUCAUUUAGUUGAAAAUCAGCCUAACCAGGGACUUGCUUGUUGUGUGGCUUUAAAAAUACAUAUACAUAGUAUAUUGCAAUCACAGUCCAUCAUGUCAAUUUGUGGGGAAACCUACCCGUAGCAAUGUUUUUAAUGAUAGGGUGUUAGCUGUUAGGUAACAUUGACAUACAAAUGAGUUUAUUCUGCUGCUGAAUAAACCUGACAGAAAAUAUAUUUGAACAGAGAUAUCAGAUAAAUUGUGGUUGUGAAUAAUGGGAGGGCACACAUUAGAGCUACAGGUAAGAUGACUUAUCCAAAAAAAAUGCAGUUCAUGUAACCAUUAAAAGUCUUCUAAUACUAUGAUAACUGAAAAACAAAAAUGGUGGGUGGGAGGAGAUUGAGCAGGAGUGGCAGGAUGUGGGGGGUGGACAUGGAAGUCUUCUGCAUGCAAAGCAGUGCUCCACCCCUGAGCUAUGAGACUUCAAGAGGAAAAUAACCAACUGGCUAACACCUGUUGAGAUGGUCUCUUGACAAGGAAAGGUAUGAUUUAAAAGUUUUGUUUAAAUUUAUUUCAAUUUUAACUUCUGAAUUAGAUGGGUUUUAGAAAUGGCUUUAAGAAGAUAGGUGAUGGGAGGUGCAUUUCAAGUAAUAGGAAGGGAAAAAUUCAAGGAGGAAUAAUUAUAAUAAAUAUAAUUAAUACAAUACAAUACAAUACAAUACAAUACAAUACAUUUAUACCCCGCCCAUCUGGCUGGGUUGCCCCAGCCACUCUGGGUGGCUUCCAACACGUAUAAAAACAUAAUAAAACAAUCGGGUUUGGUAAGGGGGGGGGAGGGAUGAGAUGUUGAAACAUGGAUGUAAUUUUACAUUAUGAAAGAGAAAGAUGAAAGAACAUUUAAGGACAGAAAACAGUAGCAUUUGGGGAACAACGAAGAAAGACAAAUAAGAAAAUUUAUUCUAAAUAUAGUUUUUUAAAAAUUCAAAAAACUGUUGCCCAAAAGCACUCUCAAUAAUCUAUCCUCUUUCUUAGGCUUUUCUUACGAAAGAGCAAAAUGUCAUUGCACCCUUUAAAAUGGAAAGAGUGAGUAUAUAUUUACCCUGCUACUUGCAUGCAAAUAUCUUAACGUCAUAAAGCCUGUUGUUCCUGAAAGAACAGUAGCGGUAAGUUAUUUGAGGAAGUUCACUAAAAGAAAGCAAAGACUUGUGUUUGAGCGAGAGAGAACGCAAAUAUGUAGCAUUAGAUGGCACUUGCCUUUGUGAAUUUUUAUAUAUUAAUAAUUACAAUAUGAAAUUUAUACAGAUGCUGGUGCCUAUUUAAAAAAAGUUCAUGGGAAAUAGAUGAAUGGUGUUUGUAAAGGCAUUUGUUUUGUUCACCAAAUACUGCAAGCAUGAGAAAGAGUUUGAAGAAACUAGGGGGCUCGUAAAACAGCUAAUAUAGAUCCUAUAUUGCUGUACAGGGAAAUAAAAAUAUUACACUGAAAUAUAGAAGGUUAAUGUACAUGUGACUUGGGUGCCUGCUUUAUCUGAAUUGAAAUCAUAGAAUUAUAGAGUUGGGAGGGACCCAAGGGUCAUCUAGUCCAACCUCCUCCAAUGCAGGAAUCUUAACUAAAGUAUCCAUGAUAGAUGCCCACCCAAUCUCUCCUUAAAAACCUUCAAAUAUGUUAGAACCAGUUGUAAGGGCAGUUCAGGUUACCCACAAGGUGAUAUUUGUAACUUCCCCAUUCUGUCUAUUAUUGCAUGAAGUGCACAAAGCUGAUAUAUGAGUCCCUUGUACAUCUUCUCAUCCGGAAACUUCCAUUCUCUGACAUUUGAAUGGUAUAGUCAGCUUCAUGUCAGGUUACUUGCAAAGGGGUAUUUAUGCGUAUGACAUCAUAUGCAACCUCGUGAAAACUCUUGCUUUGUAGUUCAUAUCCUAAUAGGAACAGCCUGAAAAUCCUCAGAAGAGAGCAGCCCAUAACUCACAAAUGCAGCUAGUAGCAUCACUGCUGUGCAAGUGUAACAAGUUCACAGGCUGGAGGACAAGCAUGCUUUUCUAAAAAGAAUAUACAGACUCAGACCAUUGGUCCAUUUAGCUCAGUAUUGUCCAUGCAGAGAUGGCCAAGCUGGUGCCUUCUACACAUAAUGGGCUCAAACUCCCAUUGCUCUCACUGUCAUGGCCUGUGGUCAGGGGUGAUGGAAAUUGUAGUCCAGCAACCUCUGGAGUGCACCAUGGUGGUUAUCCCUGCUCUAUCUGGAGUGUCAGCAUCUCUCUGACCUUUCAUGCAGGAGUCUUUGCAGAUUCCUGGGACCUUUUGCAUAAAGAGCAUGUUCUGGACCACUGAGCUGUAGUUGUUUUUUCCUAAAAAGUCCGGUAAGUGGGUGUGACCCCUGGGUUUCAGUGUAAUUUUUAAUGGUUCACUUUUCUUUGUUAGGGUAAAACUGAAUACCUAUUUCAACUGGACGUUGCUGGGAAAGUUGACGAUGUUUUGCAUACCCUUCACCAGGUGAGAAUGCAGUUUGACAUGAUGGCAAAUGGCAAUUGUGCAUUAUUUUGGUACCUACAAAGGAGCAUAAAAUCCCCUUUGUAGUAAAAAAAUAUUGAGCAGAUAGCUCAUACAGGUGCAAAUAGUUCCUCCUCAGACAAGUUUGUUCUUGUCCAUAACCGAAUCUUGAACUACAAGCUUUCCUGGUCCAGGAAAUGGCCGUAGCUGCCAUGCCAAUCUCAGCUGGUAUGUGGCACCUCUCGCCACUGAGGCUACCUAGGCCUCCAGUGACAGAGCUAGAUCCAGAAGUUAUCUCCAGACUGCAAACCUCCAAGGAGGGUGGGUCCCCAUCCAGAAUAGGCAGUUGACCAAUUUCUUGGAAAUGGGGACCACUCACCCUCAGUACCUCAUUCUUGCCAGGAUUCAAUCUCAGAUUGUUUUCCUCGUCCAUCUCACCACUGCAUCCAAGAUGCGUCCAAGCACUGGCCCAUGGACUAGACCAGGGGUGUCCAACAGGUCAAUCGUGAUCUACUGGUAGAUCCCUGGGAGGUUUUGAUAGAUCACGGUAGAUCGCUGACUCCCUUUCCUUAGCGGUGGUAAAAUAGAAUCUGACCAUGCCCUGUCCUCUAUUGUUGCACAAUCUCCAGAACGGAAGACGGAGUUUUCUUAGGCUGAUUGUUUCCUUAGCGCUCUUUCGGUGAGCCACCUUUCCCCUUUCUCACUAAUAAAGCUCUGCAACUUUGCCCUGAACCCCUAAAAAACCAGGACUUUCCUCCCUAAAAAAAGCUGAACAACUUUGACCUGAACUGUGAGUAGAUUGCAGUCUCUUAGGAGUUGGCCGUCUCUGGACUAGAAAAUAUCUCCUGAUUCAGAUGUUAAAGAGAAAUAAAGCUGAGUGUCGCAAGCAUACUGAUGCUGCCUUGCUCCCAGAGGAUUCACAUAGGUAUUAAAUAGUGACUCUUGUGGUUGUGGAGGCAGCUGUUCCACAGACACCUGCCUGGAGGUGGAAAUGAAUCUGGCGCAGAAUGCUUUUCUACAGGCCUGACCUAUCCCUGGGGACUUCAGGUGCAUUAGAUAUAUCUAAAGAAACUCUUUUUUAAAUCUUCUUGCUUUUAUUUUUAAACAGCUGUACAGGGCAUCUCACCUGGACAAACUGGGGGACCAGGCUGCUAUGGUAAAUAUAUACUAUGGAUGUUGUAUUAGUGGAAACUAAUGUCUUAGGUUCAUGUCCAAAAUGUAAUGUAUUGUUUCCUUUUUUCAAAUUAGAUAACUGCUAUAUUGCAGUCACGUUUGGCCAGGACACCAUUUGAUAAGAACAGGUAUGCUUCUUAAUAUAAAUAAUUCACAUCAUAAAAAUUCCUUGCUUUUGAAUUUCAUUUCCUGUUUUUAGAAACCAUCUGCAUAGGAUGAUGUAAGGCAAAUAGUGUGCUAGCAGCAGGAGUCAUCUGCUUCCUUUAAUGCUUCCCUAACCAGUUACACAGUAGGCCAGGCUUCCUCAACCUCUCCCUCCAGAUGUUUUGAGACUACAAUUCCCAUCCUCCCUGACCACUGGUCCUGCUAGCUAGGGAUCAUGGGAGUUGUAGGCCAAAAACAUCUGGAGGGCCGAGGUUGAGGAAGCCUGCCCUAGGAGUUCCCCUGUUCCCCUUCCCUCUUUCAAUAUUUUUUAAGUUCUACACAUUUCAUAUGAAUGCUGGAGUAAAAUAAUUCAUUAUUGAGACCAGAGAAAAUGUCCAAAUAUGCCUAAAUGUGAAAAAUGUGAGGCAUCCUUGUUGCUUUGUUUUAUCCUGAAAGGAGAAAAAAAUAUUCUAUAAAUUCUGCAAUGCAUUAUGUGCUGAGGAGUCUUCAGGUUAUUGCAGAUUAUAAAGGUGAGGUAAAGAGAAUUGUUAUUUGUUAAUAGAAAUUAGAAAAUUGAAGUGAACUUUGUCUUUUAAAAAACACAUUAAGAGGUGUGAAAUAACCCAGCUAACCUUUAGCAGGUGACUGCAUUGAACAAAAUAAUUGUAGUUUGUUCCUCUUCUAGAUUUCAAAAUGUUUCUGAAACGUUGCAUAUGGAAUGCAAAGCUGAAAUGGUCACUCCGUUGGUGACUAAUCCAGGACUUGUAUGCAUCACUGAUGCAAACUUGUAUUUCCAGCCUCUUAAUGGCUACCCUGUAAGUAACCUGCACUAAAAAUUUCCAUCCUGCUGUUCUUUGAACCAUGAGCAAAUAACUGUCUAAAGUGUCUCAAAGUGCUUAUGUGAGGUUUUCCUAUGAGCCACACAAGUGAGCAUCAGGGGCAGCCUUGAUGGAUCUCUAGCUUGAGUCUGUGGAAGUUUCCAAAUUCUCAGUUCUGUUUCUCCAUAAUUCAAAAUUCACAUGCCAGGGCUAAGUUUCUCCAAUGAAAGCUGUCACUGUGCCCAUUUUGAAUUUCCAGUUGGGGAAUCAUACCAGUCAUUAUAUUUCAGGUAGAACAAGCGUGGGGACCCUCUGAGCCUCCAGAUAUUGCUGAACUAUGCCUCACAUGCAUGAUUGUUGGCCAUGCUGGCUGGCAUUGAUGGGAGCGAGUUCAACAUCUGGAGUCUCAAAGGUUCUCCACUAUGGAGGCAAAUAGUGCUCUGCCACUCACUGGUGGCUUACUGAAGUUCAUCCCUUCUUGUCUCUCCUCCACUCUUUGAAUAUUUUUGUAGUGUGUAGAGGUGGGGAAUCCUAAACCCCUGGCUUCUGUUUGAGCUCUGAGUUGGGUUACUACCAGUUGAAGUUAGGAUAUAGAUUUCAGGUUCCACUUAGAAAUGUCACAUUUUCAGAUGCUUCAUCUAGUGAACAUUACCUUCAACUUUUUGUCUGUUGUUGAUGUUCACUGAUUCAACCAGAAUGUUAAAGAAGUUGAGACUGUUAGCAAACUAUAAAUACUACAAUUCCUCAUAAAUGAGGCACACUGUGCUGUCUUGUUUCUUCGUUUUCAAAUCAGUAUGUGUAGUGAGCUGUUCGCUUAUGCCAUUGGGUGUUUCAUCUAUUACAGUCAGAUUUGGAGUCCGUGUAAAAUGGUGGAAAUGGAUUCUUAAUCCUUAGUCACAAGUUUGAUUUCCCCAGCCAACAAACAGCUUAUCCAUCAAACUAUUUCAAGUUGGCCUUUCUUGGAAUGCAUAUAGGUAACCUAGGUAAUUAAUUACAAAUGCAACUCCUUUGCAACUAAUAGGCUUUGAUUUUGAUUUGAUUUUUAAAUUCAACUAUUUAUUUUUUUCAUGUAAAAUCGGCUCUGGAUAACAAUGGAAUAUAGAGGGAAAUUCCCAAUCCUGUAAAAUGGAGAAGGUUUACCUAAGCCCAGGGGUCAGAAGCAGCCCUCAAGGACUCCCUGCCAGGCCUCUGGGACUUCCCAGACCACACCCACUUCCUUUCUUCCCAGGCCACAGCCCUUACCAGUUCUGCUUUGCAGCCUCCUUGGGUGUUUUUGCCUGUCUCAAAUGAGUCCUUACAUAGUAUUUUCUUGCUUGAACUGGCUAGCUCAAUUGGUUAGAGCAUGGUGCUGAUAACAUCAAGGUCUUGGGUCCAACCCCUAUACGGGACAGCUGCGUAUUCUUACAUUACAUAGAUGAUCCUCAGGGUACCUUCCAGCUCUGUGAUUCUAUAAUUAAGGAACUAGAUUGCACAGUACAAAGCCCAAAUUCACAUUUGUUGCUCUGCCUAGUUUUGCCUCAGGCCCCACCCACCAAUGGCAUGUGGCCCCCAGAAGCUUGCGUGGUGGAAAGGCAGCCCCGCCACUGCUAUAAACAAUGCAUGCGGAAAAUUGGGAGUAUUAUAUAUAUUUUUGUUCUGUGCAUUUCGUUACAGAAACCGGUGGUUCAGGUGAUGCUCCAUAGUGUCAGACGUAUCUAUAAAAGAAGGCACGGUCUAUUGCCGUUGGUAAGAGUAAAUUUUACUAUUGUCCCUUGGUCACACAAAUGUGCUUCGUUGUUUAAACUUGCAUCUUGACAUUCCAAAGAGAACACUUUUUGCGCCAUCCCUCAAACUGUGGCUCCAGUUUGACAUUCAUGUUGGCUUAUCUGUGUCAACCGUAUGAUUGGGGAAUAAAGGUACCUGGUUACAGUGCAGUUGCUCAGUAGUUUAUGGCAUAGCAAGUCCUAUCAUGGAUUAAAGCACAUCAUAUCAUGUUGCAACGUUCAUAUCUAUUUCAUAUUUCUAUAAAACCUAUGAUAGCUCUUGUGAACAAAUGUGUUGAGCAGAGAAAAUUUGACAGAAAAAAUUUAAAGUAGCAACAAUUGCCCUUCUAGUAAAAGCAUAGUAGGUUUAAAACUACGUUAUAUGCUGUACCUUUCAUUGGUGUAUAGAGAAUAGCUUGUAUUCCUCUGACAAGCAAAUUCUAAUAUUAUGAGGACAACAACAAAAAUACCAGAGGCUUUGCUUCACCUGAACUGUACUGUGCUAGUAUCCUGAAUUAUAAAGCUGCCUGAUGAACUUUUUCACUUCUGUCUCUCUCCAAUUUUGAAAGGGUCUCGAAGUAUUUUGCACUGAGAACAAUCUGUGUUCGGACAUCUAUUUGAAGUUCUACAACACUCAGGACAGAGACAAUGCCUAUUUCUUCAUGGCAACAUAUUUAGGUAUAAAUAACUGCUCUUUUUGGCAAAUUGGGGUGUGUGAGAUAAAGUUUGUCUCGUGUUUGUUUGUUUUGUUUUGUUUUGGUAUAGAUUUAAACUUGAGGGGAAGUUAAGUGUGUAUUAUUUUGGAAUGAAUGUGAAGUUGGAAUGAAAUUAACGCUAACACGUUGAAUUAGAAGUUGUUUUUGGCUUUGUGGAGAUCUUUGUGGAAAAUUUUGAGCACCACCUUAAAGCAGUAAUGUGUAGGAUAAGUAGUAGAAAGCAAUUGGACAUUUGCAACUGGUCAAAUGCUGCCUUAAGUUGUAGGGUAAGUAACAGUAAUGUGGGUUUCAUAGAGAAUUUUGCAUUUGAUUUUUUCAAAUGAAGGUUAGGGUAGUAUGUAUCAGAAAAAAUUCCAAUGCAAACUGAUUUCCCCCCAGUGCAUAUUACCUAAGAGAAUGAUCAAAAUUAGCAUGUUUAUUUUACUUGUAUUUAGUAAACAAAACUAAAAACUUUGAUGAUGUGAAGCCUGCCUAAUAUUUAUUUGCAGUUGGCAUGCAUUGUUAUCCAUGAACGUAUGAAAGUGGAAAAAAUCCCUUACUCAUCACCGACAAACAUCUUCCUACAUACAGAACUCCUAACCUGUAUUUUCCUGCAAGAGUGCUGCCCCGGGCUUCUGUUCCCUGUUGUAGCCUUUUAUCCCUCUCUCUUCUGUCCUUAAGUAUUGCCAUCUCAGCCUAUCUGUGUCUGCUUUCUUUAGUUCCCAUUAAAUGCUACUUUGUGAAGCCCUUGCCAAAAAGAUUAAGGGAGUGGAAUCGCUGUCCGACAAUAUAUUGUUCUCACUGUCAUGAUUCCUUUCUUCCCUGCCCCCACGUUAUCCUUCUUAUUUCAUAACUGGGCGCACAUGCUAUAGAAAGACCAGGAAAGACUUGUUAGUGAAUUUGAGGGAGAUUGUUUAAUCUGCUCAUCUUGGUGGUCAGUGAACAGUUUGUCAGACCAGUGGUCUGCCUUGCUUCAUGAGUGAUGACUGAAAGCCCUAGAUGCCUUGAAGGAUAAGUGUAGAGAAAACUAAUAGUGCACCCGUUAUGCCCGUUAGGUAUGCAGUGCUUCCAGAAGAGUCGUUUCAAAUGGCAUUUAUCUCUCCUCUGCUCUCUGUUGUCUGGUGUCUAGAGAAUCAUGUUACAGAGCACACAGCAGAGAGUUACAUGUUACAAUGGCAACGAGGGCAUAUUUCCAACUACCAGUACCUCCUUCACCUCAACAAUCUGGCUGAUCGGAGCUGCAAUGACCUCUCCCAGUAUCCCGUGUUUCCAUGGAUCAUAGCUGAUUAUUCUAGUUCAGAAUUGGGUAAGAACCUGUGUAGAAGAACAAGAGCAAGGAAUUGCUAGUUUCUUUUUCAAGAGCGAAUGUCAUGGGAUGGUGCAGAGCAUGCUUCUUGUGAAUUCUGAUUCUUACGUUGCCAAAGGCUGCUUCUUAUUCCAGACUCUUCGUUGCAUUGCAUUCAUCUGUCCAUGGUGUCAGUGGUGCAUAGCACUCAGUUAAGUAGUUGCUCGGCAUUCAGUGGUUUAGUGUACUUCAUAUAAGGAAUAUGCAGGUUGUGUCAUGAAAAUUUGAAACGGAAUCAGCGAAAAGGUGAGGGUCAAAUGCUAAUGAUCAUAGUACAUAGAGCUAAGCAGAAUUUGAGUAAUCCAAUAAACAUUGCUGCAUAGCUUCUGUUCAUUCGGCAAGGCUUGCACAAAAUCCAGUGGAGUUUGAGAUCAUUAUCAACAGUUUGGGGAUACCUGUGUUUAGAACUUUCAAAGCAUGUAUGUAAGCUAGAUCUGCCUUUGCCUCAACUUGCUUACCUCAGGAAGAGUAAAACAUCUGUCAAACCAUUUUGGAGAACUAUUAACUUGAUUGAUAUAAAUGCUGUUUUGAGAUAUUGAAGGAAGCAUAACUGAGUUUACAAUUUCACAGACAGGCUACCAUUCAGAACUAAAAUGGCUCCAAAAGUAAAAUGGGUAUCUUAAUUCUCUGCCUUCCUGAUUUGGUAAACUUGAGGCAAACCCAGAUGUACGCAUGCAUAACCAAACCACUGAGCGCAAGCUUAGCAAAAAGCAGAAGUGUGGGGAUCUCCUUUGUUCACUAAAUGGAGUGUGCUGUGGAUGAAAGUGGAAUCUGCCCUCUUUCUCCUGCCCCCCCUCCCUUUAUCUUCAGGUACUUUGCUGCUUCAGUCUUUCCUCUCUCUAGACUGGCUCUGAUUCCAGGAGUCCAUCAACUUGGUGGGGUGGAGAGUCUUCAAAAGCAGAGAAAGCGGGAGAGAGGGAUAUUUUUGCUCCCAUUCCACUGCACUCCAUUUUGUGGUAAAAGUGGAUCCUUAUUCUCGGUUCAUAGUCAAACCAAUGAGUGAAUGUUAGUGAACACAUGCGUGUCUUGAUUUGUCCCAAUUCCUGCAAAAUGAAACUUGCAGUUGUGAUUUUAAAAGAUUAAGGGCUAAUAUGAGAAAGUUGGCAGUUGGAUAAGAUUUGCCAUGGUAGUACUUUUCCAAAUGCACUGGAAAGGAGAAAAAAAAAAUCACUGGCCAUUGCUGUUUAGUUGUUGCAGAAGAUUAAUUCUUUUGAACUCUUUUUGUAGACUUGACAAAGCCAGAAACCUUUCGGGACCUCAGUAAGCCAGUAGGUGCACUAAAUAAAGAAAGGCUGGAAAGGCUGUUGGUAUGUAUUUGUUUUCUGUGAUUUUUUACACUUCGUAUUUUUUUAAAAAAAACCAGUUGAUCUAGUGCAUUUCUAAAUAUGGACAGUUAUGUUAUAAUGGAUGAGAAAUAUUUCAUGUUUCAGUAAAGUUCAGUGUAUUUCCUAUUGAACUGCAACUUAGUAUAUAGAAUUAUUUGGCUCUGACCCCUUCCCUUCCCUUCCCUACCCAAAGCAGUUAAGCCACCUGUUCCUAUCAAACUGCAGGAUCUAAACAGCAUUAAGUGUUUGCCCAAUGUUGACAUGCUUUGAUAUUUGCACAAAGAGUGGCAGGAUCCACAGAGGCAGCAGAUCCGGCCUCCAAGGAUGCAUCAUCCACUGCUGCUCCCUCAGUGGCAAUAACUUCAACAUGUUCCUUGGAGGCUGGAUUUGCCCACCUCCUCACCUCCCACCCCUGUUUCCAGUGUAGAGCUUCACAUACACCCCUCAUACUUCUUCCCUGGCUGGGGACGGCACCAUUUUGUGGCUCACCUCAGGCGCCAAAUUGUAUUGGGCCAGACCUGAUUCCCAGCCUCUUAACAAACCACCAAAGGAAAUUGUCACUGAGCAAUUUUUCUCCCUCUCUCUUUCUCCGCUGAUAGAUACGUUAUCGGGAAAUGCCAGAACCAAAGUUUAUGUAUGGGAGCCACUACUCGUCACCAGGUUAUGUUCUGUUUUAUCUUGUCAGAGUUGGUAAGUCACCUGCCAAGGUUCUCCUGAGUUUGUGGUCGUCAAGCUUGACUCAUCUGGUGUGAUAUCUGAGCUGUCUUGCUUCCACAGCACCAGAAUACAUGCUUUGCUUACAAAAUGGAAAGUUCGAUCAUCCUGACAGAAUGUUCAACAGGUUUGUUUCUUGUAUUUUAAUGGCAUUGCUGUGUUUUUGUUGAGUAUCUAAGUUAGUACAUAUCAGGAGGGGUAGAAUAGCACAGGAGUGAACAAUGCCUCAUUUGCAUGCAGAAGGUCUUGUUUCAGUCCUCAGCAUCUUCAGAUAGAAAAGGGAAAGACCCUUGUCUGAAUAUGCCGGGAAGCCACAGCCUGUCAGUGUGGACAAGUACUAAACUGGAUGAGACAGUGGCCUCACUCUGUAUAAGGGAGCCUUCUGUUUCCAAAGUUCCUAAGUAUUACUUGAAGGUUGAGGAGCUUAUUUUAGUCUCUGUUAUGAUCUACCCUAAUGGAAUUAUUGUAAUCCUUUUAUGUAUUGGUGUUGUUUUUUGUGUGCUGAUACAGCAUUUGAUAUAUUGUUUUAUUUGUGUUUUGAUUUUGUAGACUAAAUUUUUGCAUGGCUCCUAAAAGAUUAGGUGACAUAAAAUAAAUAAAUAACCUAUUUUGCUACCAAAAUCUUGCUCUGAAAUAAGACAUAUCUGAAACUUUAUUUUUGUUUUAUUCUCCUGCUAUUCAUAUCCAGUAUUGCAGAAACCUGGAAGAACUGUUUAGAUGGAGCAACAGACUUCAAAGAGGUAAAGAGCCUCCAAUACUUCCGUUUAUGUUAACUUGCUUCCAUUCUUCCUCUGAGAGCCAGUGUGGUGUAGUGGUUAACAGCAGUAGUCUCGUAAUCUGGGGAACCGGGUUCGCGUCUCCGCUCCUCCACAUGCAGCUGCUGGGUGACCUUGGGCCAGUCACACUUCUUUGAAGUCUCUCAGCCCCACUCACCUCACAGAGUGUUUGUUGUGGGGGAGGAAAGGAAAGGAGAAUGUUAGCCGCUUUGAGACUCCUUAAAGGGAGUGAAAGGCGGGAUAUCAAAUCCAAAUUCUUCUUCUUCUCUUGCCUACUGAGAGUUUGCAGCAUUCCAUUUUUAAAAGUACAGAAUGCAGAAACAAUUUACAAUAAAUCAGUUCAGGGCCUUAUCAGAACCAUUGGGAUGGGGCCACAGCUCAAUGGUAGAACGCAUGCUUUGAAUGCAGAAGGUCCCAUCUUGAAUCCCAGCAUUUCUGGUUAUAAGGAUCAGAUUAUAUGGGACCUCUUCAUGACUGAUCUGUAGUCAGACAAUAAUACUGAAUUACAUGGACACGUGUGCCAAUUUGGCAGAACGCAGCUGCUUAAACUUGAAACCUGGCAGAGCACCUUCAUGAUCUUAGUGGUGUCUUUUGACAUAUUAUGUGUAGGCUGCUGUUUAUGAUAAGCCUUCUAGACUUUAAUCUAGUAGAUUCUAGUAGGUUCACUGGCAAAACCAUGCAGGCCACCUGGAUUCUAUUUUUAGGUCUGAAUGCACUUCCGGGAUCUAGGUUAGGAGUCUGCUUAUGACCAGGUACGCCUGGAGUGCAAACCAGCAGCAAUAUAAGGGCAUCUUGGCAUCAAUUUUUCCUCUGCAAUUUGUAGCAGUACAUACCUGUAUUGUGGCAUUGAAUUAUACUUUUCCCUACUGGCCGGUGAACUAUAGUGGGAAACUUGUGCAAUGUGUCAUCAAUAAGUGUUCCUAAAUAUUGCAGAGAAGACGGGAAGAACUUGCCAGGGAUGCAGUCUUUGGCAGCAUUGUCAUAUUUUGCCCACAAUCUGCAGUUCCAGUCCAUGUUUAUAAGGCGAGCUUUAUGCUGAAUGAGACCCAAUUAGGUUCUGGAUAGUGGCCAGGGCUGAUGCUUGUUUCCUCUUAAGUGGUGGUCUGUACUUGGCAAGGGAGCUGAGUCAUCCAGUUCUGCUUGAUGCGUAGGUUUUCUGUUUCAUUUUUCAAAUCAAAACCCAGAGCAGCGAACGUAAGUCAAGCUGUGAGAUACCUUUUGAAACACUGAAGUCUGUUGUGUGGUCACAUCCAAUAUGAAUUCCCCCCCCCUCCCGUGUGCUAAGUUUGGAAACACUGAUUAUAGUUUUUAAGUACCGCAGCAGUAAUAAUAAUAACAACAACGCAAUCUUGUUCCACACUUUUUAUUUAUUUUUAGUUGAUUCCUGAGUUCUAUGAAAAUGAUUCCAGUUUCCUACUGAAUAGUCUGAAAUUGGACUUGGGGAAGACGCAAGGAGGAAAGAUUGUGGACAAUGUAGAACUUCCCCCUUGGGCAUCGGGUAAAUAGAAUUUUGGAAGCACUUAAUAAUCUGCUUUGGAGAUCUGCUUUCAUUCAUCUCAAGAGCCUGGGAAAUAGUCGGUGUAUUUGUACCAUUCCUUCUUCCAUGUAUCCAGAGUAGUUCUUUUCAUUAUUUAAAUACGAUGGGUGAAAUCUGGUUUGUGCCUUUGCACUCACAGAAGGAUCUUUUGAUCUAGCUGAUGACUUCAGUAACAGCAGAAAAGAGGCAGUUUUUGCCAGUUCCCUCUCCCACCUGCAACCAUCAGGGUGGAAGGUGACAUGGAGGGGGGAAGACGAUGGGCAAAUUGGCCGGAAUCCCCUCCCUCCAGGUAUCCACUGGAUCAAAGAGAGCAAUCAAAUGAAACUUUAACACAUGGCAUGAUAAAAGUUUGUAAUUUUGUCAGGACAAGUUAUUCGUUGUUUACUGUUGCAACAAUUGUUUUCUCAAAAUUUAUCUUCUGUACCAUGAAAAUAAAUAAAAACAUUUUUUAAAAUCCUUCUGUUACUGCAAGGCCACCAAAAGGAUUCCACUGGGUAUGUUUAAUAAAAAGUUGUUGUAUCCUGAAAAAUGAUUCUUCGAAACAUGUCUGAAGUGCUGAUUAGUAUUAUCACCCAACGCUUCUAGUGAGUUCUUUCUUUUAAAAAAAAGCUGAGAGGGAAGAGGGAGUGGGGGUUUUAUUCUCACUUAACAAGGAAACAUUGGCACCAUCUCUUUCAGAUGCUGAUGAUUUUCUCCAGAAGAGCCAAGACGCUUUAGAAAGCCAGUAUGUGUCAGAACAUCUCCAUGAAUGGAUUGACUUAGUGUUUGGCUACAAGCAGAAGGGAAACGAGGCCAUUGCAGCUCAGAACGGUGAUUCCCCCCUACCCCACUUUUAUAAAAAGAAAAUGCAAAUGGAUACUUUAAACUGUUAAACUUUGUGGUGGUAAUAUCAGGGUUUUUCAUGAAGGAACACGGUGUGCAGAGCAUAUCAGUUAGGAAAUUCUUCUAUGUACGCUGUAAAUUAUAGCCAUGAUAAAGUCAGAUGUACGAAUUUUUUAAAAAAUAAAGUUAGUUGAAAUUUACUGUGUAUAAGGUGACAGGGUUGUGAGAACGACAGAGUGUUGUAGUAUUGUUUUGUUGAACCAACAGUCCUGUAAUCAGAAACAUUUUCACUUUGUGUGUCUGCUCUCUGCUUCUUUUUAGUAUUUCAUCCAUUAACCUAUGAAGGAGGAGUAGACUUGAACAGGUAACUGAGUUAACAGUAAAGGACUGGGUGGGCAGAUUACCUCCAGCUUUAAUUAAAAAUAUUAUGUUCUCUUCCAACAUAAAAUGUUUUCGUACCAGUUUUCUUUGUGGUGAGCUUUUUGCAUGUAUCUUGAUAGAAUGGGGCUGUUUGUUGCUGGAUUCUUUAAAAAGUCAGGCAUAUGUGCUAAUAGCAACCUUCUCUGGGAGUAGCCAAAACAGCACCAUCCAUGCAUAAAAGGAAAGUAUUAGCAGGCUUGGGAAAUCUUCAGGGUUUGUAGAAGUUAAGCAAACAAACCAAUUCCUGGGAAACCCCACCGAAUAGUCCAGUGAGGAUGCUCAUUGGCCACAGAAAGCUGAUGGACUGUCAGAGACUGUCAGAGUGUAUGUGUGUACAAAAUCUAGAAGGGAAUAUCAUGGAAGAAGGCAUGGCUAGCUCGCUUGAAGAGGCACUCUGCACUACAACAUUGCGUUGCAGGUCCCACUUGUAAUUGCAAACAGUUGGUGAGGUGCCCUUUACCACAGAGCUGGUGGCAUCUAAACUGCAGGCACUGCAGAUAGGGAAAAAUAAUUUCUCAUAACUUACAAAGAAAAGUUGAAAAGCUGCAAGUUUCCUGCUUCUACAGUAAGAAACACAUGGAAUCACUUGGACUGCAGCUUUCUUGGCUGGCUAAACCACGGCUUAUGAAGCCAGAAAUGAGCCCUGGGCCCGCACCCCUUGCCAUCCUUGUAUCCACUUGCACACUGUCUUCAGCAUGGAGAUGCUGAUUUGUUUCAACCGGAGUGGGUGGCGUGGUCUAAACCAGGAGUCAGCAACCUUUUUCAGUCCUGGGCCACUCCACCAACCCUCAGACCAUUUGGUGGGCUGACUAUAUUGGGGGGGGGGGGCGGAAUAUGAACAAAUUCCUAUGUCCCACAAAUAACCCAGAGAUGCAUUUUAAAUAAAAGGACACAUUCUGCUCAUGUAAAAACACUCUGAUUCCCGGACCGUCCGUCGGCCGGAUUGAGAAGGUGAUUGGGCCGCAUUUGGCCCAUGGGCCUUAGGUUGCCUACCCCUCGUCUAAACCACUGAGCCUCUUAGGCUUGUUGAUUAGAAGGUCAGCAGUUUGAAUCCGCACGACUGGGUGAGCUCCUGUUGCUCUGCCCCAGCUUCUGCCAACCUAGCAGUUCAAAAGCAUACCAGUACAAGCAGAUAAAUAGGGAGCACUGUGGUGGGAAGGUAAACAGUGUUUCUGUGUGCUCUCGCACUCAUCACGGUCCUCUGUGCCAGUAGCAGUUUAGUCAUGCUAGCCACAUGGCCCGGAAAGCUGUCUGUGGACAAACGCCGGCUCCCUCGGCCUGAAAAGCGAGAUGAGCGAGGCAUCCCAUAGUCACCUUUGACUGGACGUAACUGUUCAGGGGUCCUUCAUCUUUUACCCUCUUAACCUCCCAGGAACCUCUGUUUUGAACACCCAGGAACUCCACACUGAAGCUAGUGUACAUAAGCUGGUAAUGCAAAAAUGCUUAUGAAAAUGGGAACAUUGUACCCUAUCAGCUCAUUACAAGCAUAAUUUCUUUCUCUAAGGCCUUACAAUGUACUCAUGAUAAAGUAGCUUUGCCAGCUAUUUUGAAUGUCUUGUGGCUUCCAUUUUUGUUCUGUAAGGUCCAUAAAUCUGAUGUGCAUGUCAGCAGGAACGAUGCUUACUGCAUACAUGCAUGACAUAUUUGGGGAGUUAAUAUAAAAUCCAUUUGCGUACGCAAGUAAGGGAAAAAGCAGUUCUGGUUAAUGCAUGCCUGUCGUUGUCAUAACAUAUAAACUGGAGUUAUAAAUACUUCCUGUUCUAGAUGGAUUAAUGUGGUAUAACCAAAUUUGAUAUCCCUACGUUUUUCUUCUCUUUUUCCAUGAAGUAAUAUGGACCCAAAUGAGCGAGUAGCGCUGUUGACACAAAUCCUAGAGUUUGGACAGACUCCAAAACAGUUAUUUACAAUCCCUCAUCCUCGGAGGAUUAUCCCGAAGUUCAAAAGUUUUCCUCGAGCAUCCAGUCAUGAUUUUUCGAUGCCUGAGUCACCAGGUAAAUUUGGUGGGGCUACAGAUAUUGCUGUUAGAAUGAUAGAAUUGCAGAGUUGGAAGGGGCCCUGAGGGUCUAUGUACUGUAUUUGAUAAUUCAGCUGACUUUAAUUGUGUUUCUUUGUCCAACAAGUUCAAUAUAAAGAUUUAGGUCAGACGCUCUGAAAAAUAGUGGUGUAUCAGUUUGCAAAAAUCCCUUCCAGCAGUCAGAGUGGGAAAGGGGCUUUUGCAUGCUGUUAUUAUUGCCUAGGAAGUUGCAAUUCGGGGGGAAGGGGGUAUGUAGAGAUAAAUUGGCCCUUCCUUGGAAGGAAAAAACCCCAGAGUUUCUAAAUGUGAUAACUCAAGUUUCAGCCUACUUUUUAAGCUUUGGUGCUCUUCUGGCACUUUAACAGUGUGGCCUUCCAUUGUUUCAACCAUGUCUCACACCACACACUCCACAUUGGUUAAACUGGUAGGGUAUCAUAAAAUGCUCUUUAGGAGGCAACAUGGAGACAGAAGGGAAUGUGAAAGAGGCUGAAUAAACUGUAGUUGGCUCACUAUAUGAAAUCUGUAAUAUAUCUCUUCCCUGCUACUGUAUUUCGUUUGAGGGGGGGGAGGGAUUCAUUAUUAGCUGACAUAUUUUAUUGUCUGUUAGUUUCUCCAGGUGAAGAAUCUUUUGAAGAUCUAACAGAAGAAAGUAUAACGCUUGCUUGGAACCACAUGACCAGAUUAAAGAUAGAUGGGCAACACAAGAUUCACAGAGGGUAAACUUUGUAGCAUACAGCAUACAGAGGAGGUGUCUAGAAUGAGACAGUAAAACACUUUGAACCUUGUAGAACACAGUGCAGCCUAGUCAAUUAGAAGAAAAAUGUAAUAUUUUGAGGGAGGGGGAUUUUGCUUUGUUGGAACAGGGGUCAAAUACGUGGAUUUGCAAUGCAAGGAUUAGGCUAAAUGACAUGAUUGUCCUUACUGAUAUCAGUUGGGUUUUUUUUUUAUUUACUGCAUAUUUUUAUCCUGACUUCUUAUAAAAUAUUCAGAGCAGCAAAUAAAUAUACAGAAACUAAAGUGAUUAAAUCAAAUAUUAAAAAGUGAUACUCAGUUACAAGAUUGAAAAUAAUACAAAAGCAGCAGCUGUCAAAUAUCGAUUUCAAAAGGCAAUGCCUAUUUGGAAAGAGAUGCCUUGUGGGUAUCUUAAGUGCAUUAGACCCAGGCAGUUUAAGACUUUAAAAGCCCAGCAUAUUAAAUGAGCCUGGAAACAAAUGCGUAGCCAACACAGAUAGCAAACAUAGUUAUGGCUGACAUACCAGCAUUAGCCAGCCACCAUCAGGAAGCACAGAUGACUUACUAGUCUGACACUAGAAUAUUCUACUUGCUUCAGUAGGGGUGUCUUGGGCAACAGAUUGCUGGAAUUUUGUGAUUUAUGCGAUUCCAGAACUGUGUAAAAGUGUAUCAACAUUUUCAGAUGCAAACAGCACACUUAACCAUUGAAUUUGGUGGGACUUACUACUUAGUAGACCUGAUUAGGUUUACACUGCCAGAUAUUAAUCACAGUUCCUUGCUAUGUUUUGAACAGGGCAAUCACUGGAAUUGCUGUGCCUUACAGUUCCAACCAGUCUUCUAUUUUCACUACAUCUCAAGGUGAGUCGUGCUGUCAAGCCUCAGUAAUACGAACAUUAUUCAGUGACACUGUGUAGCCCCUUUCCAAUGGUCAGCAUAGAAUUCCUCUUUGAAUAGACUCAGCAGAGACCUAUGAUCUGUAAAAGCAGUAUUUGUGGUUUUUCCCCACACUAUAUUCCUAGAAGCCUUGGGUCAGAGUUGUAGGUUGUGUGGAGAAAAAGCACAGGGUAUGCAUGGUAUGCGGUUAGAAGCUGGCUUUCUUUUCUUUUUUUAAAUCAGUUUUUGUUGUUUUUCUUAAAAAAGUAUCCCACAUCAUGUUUUUAUCUCUGAUUACUAUGACAGAGUUCACAGUUCACAUCAGUGCUUACUGACAUUUCAUAAGCUAGGGAAGCUCUACAAAGCAACGUUUUCAAAGGUUGGCAAUUGAAUUUUAGUAUCCCACAUUGUUUAUUGCCUCUCCCCAUGAUGGGAGAAAAAAAUACAGCAUAAAUUAUGCAGAACAGGAUGAUCUAUGCAGGAUGAUCUAUACUAAUAGCAAAAUCAAUCUGAGUGCUGGUAUUUAUGUAGCUAAAAAGAAAGUGUCCUUUCUGUUCUGAGGAGAACUGGCCAGGAAAGGACACUGUUAGUGGCACAUCCCUUCCAGACCAGCUUCUCCUUGCUCUGGGCAGCCUCUCCACCUGUAGAGGUGCUUUGAAAGCUCAGACAGCUGGCCUGAUCUGUGGCUCAGAGUCACAGUCGAGAGAGAGAACACGUGGGGGACAAUCCAGAGGACAGAAAUUUUUUUGCCCCUGUUGGGAGGGGACCCGUGUUUAUACUCAGGCUGGGCAAAAUAUCCUCCCCAUUGCAGCACCAUUCAGCCCCACAAAAGUGGAGCUUAAUGGUGAUUCUCAGGGAGAGGUGCAAAUGCGAUAACUUUUUGGUGGGAGAUGGACUUACCAUUGAAGACAGGGUGGCCGAAGUUUGUUUUUCUAGGUUUUCUCUAAUAGGGGAAAAAGUUUUGCUGCUGUUUCUAGUGGCGGUUUAGCUGCCCGCAGCACUCUGCUGCUGUUCUUCUGGUAACUGGGGACAGAUUGCCUCAGGGGAACCAUGAUAUAUUCCUUGUGCAAGAAAUAAAAGCAUAGUGCAAAGAUUAAUUUUGCACGUGUCAGCAGUUCCACGUGUAGUCUCAGUGUGUGUGGCCUCACACAUGUCUCAGUCUGGCUCUGCAUAGAAGUAUACUCCAGCAGUUUGCUGAUGGGAUCUUUGUAUCUUGUUGAUUUGAUAAAACAACUUGGAAAUCACUGAUAUGGUGCUGCUUUCCAUUCUUCUCUCAAAAUCUGCAUUAGAUUCAACCCUGAAGAUGUUUUCUGCUGAAUCAAAAAUGCUGCAGCGGAGUAUAUCCUUUUCAAACAUGGUGAGUGCUUCCAGGCUUGUAUAAUCUUACAGCUGAUCUUGCGGAAUGUCUCCAUAAUUUAAUACAACGUAUUCCGCCCCCCCCCCCGGUAACUACUGUAGCUUACCAGUUUAAUUCUAGCAGGUAUGCUGUAAUUGAACUUUUUCGCUGCUCAAAUGUCUAGAGAGCUACUUCCAACUCUUAAUAGACAUUGUGUAGUAAACCUAUAACUCACAAGUGAACAUCACACAGCCAUAUGUGCCUUUCACCUUGUGUUGUCCCCCAGUUGACAAUCUGCUCCAUCUAGGCAGGAGGAAAAAACUGAGUAGAGCAAGCUGACCUCCCACAAAUCAUUGUUCCUGCCUACAGCAGGGCACGUGAUUGGAAUAGAACCCAACCCAGUUAACCCCUUGCCAACCUAUGGAAAUUUACCACAGUUGCAGUCAAUCUUGCAGCUUCCCCUGUCCAUUUGCAGGUUCCUUCCGUGCUCUGGCAGCAGCUCAUAACAACCAGAUAAUGUUAAGACUCCUGACUCUCAUCAGCCCCAGGCAGCAUGACAAGAGAUCUGGAAAGAGAGGGAGCUGGGAGUCCAACAAGAGUGAGGUCAUAGGCUCCCAUAGCAUCUUCUGGAUGCUUUGUGUUGUGCACUCUGUUGUUGAACACUGAAGCUGUACCAUUUGAUACGGAAGCGAUGGGAAGGCGAUAGUGGCAGAGUGCAGUGUUGGGGGAUGGGUAGUGACUGGCAAGUACUUCAUACCAGCUGGAGUUGUUGCAGUAGAGUCUCUGAGAGCAGAAGCUGGAGUGUGUGUAUGUUAGUGUGUUUCUGGGGAAAGGAGGCACCUCCCUCUUUUCUCCACCCUGGAUGAAUCAGUGGAUGGGCAAUCUCUGUUAAUGACCAUUAUCUUUUUAACCUGGAGAGAGAAGAGCAUCGCUCAGGAGUCCAAUAUAGUGGGGGUAGGAAAGGGAGAGGCUUGUAAGAAUAUGUGUGCUGUACCUCUGUGUGCAGCCCCGGACCCACCAACAUGCAUGUGCAACAGAGCUUAAAAUGCUUUCCACCCCUUCUGUAGCUCCAUUACCUUAGAGCUUCAUCUCUGCACACAAACAAAUUGUGUUAUAAGCUUCUAGUAAUAGAUAUUUGUUCAAAUGUGUUUAUUUUCUCUUCUUUUUCGCAAUAGCAAAAUUGGUUUGUGCCGCUGCACAAUCAGAUCUUGAGCUCCUAGGACACAGAUGGUGCUUGCGAUGAGACGGGCUUGUAAUGUACUAAUGUGUUCUUGCAAGUCUAUCAUUAAAUUGAACAUUGUCAUCUUUUUGUCAUAGGCUCUGUCAUCUUGUUUAAUCCUACCGGGCGAUACUACUGUCGUAUGUUCUUCAUGGGACAACAAUAUGUAUGUAAUUUUACCUUGUACCGAAUUGUAUAUAAUACCAGUUGGUAGCUUUUAUAUUAAAGAGCUAAAAAUGAAUAUAUUUCACCUGCUAACUGCCUUACUGGGGAGGUAAGGCCUUUUUAUAUUGGAAGCACUUUUUCAAAGUUGGAAACGUGGACUGAUUAAAAUAAUAAAUGAACUGAAUAAAAAUUUGUGCUUUGAAAUAUAACUAUUUAAAAUAUUUAUAUCUAUUUUAUUAUUUCUGUUAGCUAUUUCUAUUCAAUAGCUUUUGCAAGGAGGCAGGAUACAUUAAUGGGACACGAUGAUGCUGUCAGCAAGAUCUGUUGGCACAAUGAUCGUUUAUAUUCUGCAUCUUGGGAUUCAACUGUAAAAGUACGUAGAGUUCUCCACUUGAUAUGAAUUUGUUGUGAUGAAAGCUUUUAAUCAUUUGAGCAAGGAUUGCCAUUGUAUCCUAGAUUUGUCAGAAACGGCUCUGGUUGUCCAUGUAAGUCACCUGUUUGUGGUGGCAGGACUGACUGUUCCAACUAUUAGGAAGUAGUGAGAGAAGCAUGGGGUAAGAAAUACAGUAGGAUCACCAUUGUAGGGUAAUUAACAAACGAAUUGCCUGAAUCCCUAGAUUCAAAGCAUUGGCCUAAACAUUUUAAAAUAAUCUCUAUGUGGUGGUUAUUUCCUGUAGUGCCUGUUGGGUAGUUCAUCCAUGAAUUUCCCCCAUUUUUUCCAUGCUGCUGUUGCUGAGAAUUUAAAACAGGACUGGGCAGCCUCCAGAUGCUGCUGUUAUAGAAUCAUAGACGAAGAGACCCAAGGUCUCUAGUCAUCUGGUCCAACCCCCUGCUAUGCAGGAAUCUCAGCUAAAGCAUCCAUGACAGAUGGCCAUCCAACCUCUGCUGAAAAACCUCCAAGGAAAAAAAGUCCACAACCUCCCACCAUGGAACAGCUCUUAUUGUCAGAAAGUUCCCACUGAUGUUUAGUUGGAAUCUCUUUUCUUGUAACUUGAAGCCAUUGGUUUGAGUCCUACCCUCCAGAGCAGGAGAGAACAAGCUUGCUCCAUCUUCCGUGUGACAGCCCCUUAGGAGAUUUGAUAGCCAUCUUCAAAUAUCUAUCAGUCUCCUCUUACCCAGGCCAAACAUAUGCAACUCCCCCAACUGUAAGGCUUGGUUUGCAUCACACCGUUGACUCAUGUUGUUGGCUUAAUCUGCCAUUAUCCUUGACAACUGGCAGUGCUGGCUGAUGCCGAUGGAAGUUGGGAGUCCAGCAACAUCUGGAAAGCCACAAGCUCUCCAUCCCAAAAAUUACAAAUUAGCUCUUACUUUUAGGUUACUUAAAUUGUCAUAUCUGGCCAAAGGAGAAGCUUACGUCAGUUCAAAUAUUUGUGUUCUAGGUGUGGCAGUGCAUUCCUGCAGACUUACUGGGCACCAAGAAGCGGUUUGAAUUGCUUGCUGAAUUGGAACAUGAUGUUAGUGUGAGUAUUAAGAUACUUGUGUGCACAUAUAUUUUGUUUCAAUUCAAACUUCAGCAAAACAAAUUUUGGGGGUGGGGCGGGAGGGAAGUCUGUGUGAAGGCUUAUUUUAAAGAUGUAUUGCCAUUGCCUGAAAGGUCAGAAUUGGUAACAGCAAUAUGCAAAUACAAUGUGAUGUUUUCUUCAUAUUCCAGUGAUUAUUUAGACAUAGGUUUGAGAAACCACGGGAAGUAGGAAGAGGGGCACACACAUGUCCACAUGCAUACACACAUAUAUGAGAAACCUUUUUCCUGUUUUUAAAUGAAAACUUGAUUUCAGUUUUCCACUUGUGGAAAAUGCUCUGUGUUUGAUUAUCUUUACAUACUACCAUCUAUAUAUCUGCUGCUUUACGUAGAAUGAGACAACAGGUUCUUAUGGGUUUACAAUCUCGGUCUCAAAAAGCAAUAUGAAAGCCACUCCUCUUGAUGAUUUCAGCAUAGGUAUGUUGGCAGUGUCUGUAUAUUUGGACUUGUUUAAUACAUAAAACAAGUGUAUUUAGAUUAGAUUAACCCAGCAAUGUAUCUUCAUGAAGAAAAACUAAUGUAUAAUUUUUUUAAUCAUUUACAUGUUGAGCUUAAAUUUUGAAAAUGUAGUUAUCUGCAUCUUAACAAAUUAUGCCUGUAUUCCUGGAAUAUAGAUCUGUAACACUAGGAGAAUUCAGUAAUAGUUCCCCGAAGCACUGCCAAAAAGGACCAUGUAGAAGAUUUGUUUAUUUGACUUGUUAGCAUCUCACUACAAGAGUCUUUAAGCAGCUUACAAAAAAUUAAGAAUCAAAGGAUAAAAACAAAAAAAUACAUUACAAUAAAGCCAUUACAUUGACUGUUUAUAAGACCCUAGGAUCCAGGCCACUGUGCAUAUUGCCUUGAAUGUUUAAGUGCUCUAGUCAUGACUGACUGCCUUUUAGAUGCUUGCUUACUUGCCUUUCUUGCUUCAUGGUGCUUGUUACUUCUUUAAUCAUCUCAUACAUAUGCCUAAUUACCUAGGUAAAUACAAUCAACUUGAAUGCUGCAUAUACCCUGCUGGCAUCAGGAACAAAAGAAGGAUCCAUUAGUAUCUGGGAUGUUACUACUGCUUCUAUCUUGCAUCAACUUCCAUGCCAUUCAGGGACUGUCUCUGAUGCUGCUUUUAGUCCCGGUAUGUUAUGUGUUAAUGUCUUCUAAAAUAUAUACAUUGUGAAGAGAAAAAUACUUCAGUCUGCUGCGAGAUAAUUCAGAGACAUUCCUAUUGAAUUGAUAUAUCCAGUGUGACCAUAUGCAUGUUUAUUCAGAAGCAAGCUCCAGUGUGUUCGGUUGGGCUUACUCCUACGUAAAGUGUAUGUAGGAUUGCAACCAACGUGCUCCCCUCUGAUUAGGGCUUUGUAAUUUUAGUGUGUAUCCACCCUCACUCUGCAGUCAUACAAAAGACCGGAAAUGAAGUAACCCAUGAAAAUUGGGAGUAGCUUGCCUACCAAAACAUCCUAAUGUUAAAUCAUUUGUAUUGCGUUGUUGGCCUGAAACAAAAAAGCCAUCCAAAUAAUUUUGUUUGCUUAAAUAAACCUUUCUGCCAAGAGAUGUUUUGGUAAAGCAAGCCACCAGCUAAGUUGGAUUUAUAAGCACCCAUCCAGUUGCCUAUGGUAGUUUAAAAAUAAAAAUAAAACGCUGCUAGUUUAGCUUAUUUUUAAGAGGAAUUGUGCUGAUGCCUAGGAGAUGGUUUGUUAUUUACUCAAACAAGUAAUUGAUAAAGCUGCCUAUUUUAAAACUACACACAAAGGGUAUUCAUACAUAACAUUGAGGAAGUGUAGUGUUAGUGAAACUGUAAACACAAUACUGGAACUGUACACUCAGCUAUUACCAUGUAAUGUUAAAAUGUAGAGUCUGUUUUAUUGUGUACAACCGUUGAGCUGUACAAAUUAGUGUACACUCAUAUAAACAGUUGUUCAUGUGUCAAGACAGCUUGUAUCUGUGUUCAGUGUCCUAUGUGAACAAGCCUCCUGUUGCACCACGUGGGUUGAGUUUUGGCACUGCAGCCUUUAUGGUGCCAUGCAAUGGGAUUUGCUCACUAGUAGCUAUCCAUAGAACUUAAUGAGACCUGUUUUAAAUAUGCAUGGGAAUGGACUGAAUGUAUUUUGUGGGGUUGAUUUAAAUAAUCCAGAGCAGUUACCUUGUUUCACAGAUAGCCGGCACCUACUAAGCACAGGAGAAGAUGGCUACUUUAAAGUGACAGAUGUGCAAACUGGAAUGAUCAUCUCUUCCAUGCGCUCGGAGGAACCCCAAAGGUAAGUUUUGGAAUGCACUGCUGUUUCAUAUAGGGAUUUGCAGUAGAAUCAUGGAUAGCCAUCAACAUGCAUGCCCUCCAGAUUCUGUGCGACUUCCAUCAGUCUUGGGCAGCAUGGCCAAUAGACAAGGAUGGUAGGAGCUGUAAUCCAGCCGGCAUUAAGUUCUUUGCUCCUGAGUUAGAUCAAGUUAUUCCAAUGACCUCCAUCAGUAUUGGUGUGUUUAGAUAGUGAAAAACAUCACUUUAUGCAAUGGUGUGCGCGCACAUGCAUACAUGGAUACUUACAUAAGAAUGUAUUUUGUGUGUAGCAUUUGCUCAAAGGGUUUAGUGUAUAUGUCCAGUAUGGUUUCAGAUUGGAUGGGAAACUGUGUGUUGAGAUUCCUACACUGCAGGGGGUUAACUAGAUGUCUUCUAGAACUUGGGCACACAGCAGCUGCUUGGCUAAAAACGAGGCUGAGGGUUGGUUUUAAGUAGCAUUGUCUGACUCACUUGUGAUCUAACAACUUGCUUUUUGCAGAUGUUUCAAAUGGGAUGGCAACACCAUCUUAUCAGGAAGUCAGUCAGGAGAAUUGUUGGUUUGGGAUAUUGUUGGAGGGAAGAUAAUAGAAAGAAUCGCAGGACAUUCUGGUAUGUGUGAAAUUCUCAACUUUUAAAAAUCUGCAAGUAUACUUUGAAAUCUUUUAAGUAGUGGGAUAUUAAUAUAUUGAUUCUGGUUAGGUGUGUUUGAAUGUAUCAUACCCUGGGGCUCUGUUUUAUACCUUAGAACUUAAUGUGAAGUAUUUUCCAUUGUACAGCCUGAGAAACAAAAGACCAGAAUUCAUCAAAAUAUGGAUGUAUAGCUGUGGCCCUAGAAUCUGAAAUGGCACCUGAAAGUUGGUUGCAAUGAUGAUCUCUGGCUCAGGGCCUAUAAUAUAUAUGCACAACAGUAGUGUGGAGUGCAGCUCUAGAUGAUUAUGGGCAAAUCUAGCAAUGCAUUAACCAAAUAAGACCAAGAUUUAAAGAUAAGGAUAAUAUGGUAAGUGAAACAAGUAUCUGAUGUACACCUGUCUCUUUCCUAGGUACUGUAACAUGUAUGUGGAUGAAUGAACGAUGCAGCAGCAUAAUCACAGGAGGGGAAGACAGACAAAUCAUGUUCUGGAAACAGCAAUACUAAAUAGUGCCUUCUCACUCAAACACAUAUGGAUAUUUUAAAGUGAACUUUUUAAAAGGACCUUCUUCGCAAGUAGCAAUGCCUGCUGAAGUUCAAAGAGCUGAGAUUGGGUCUGCAAUUACAAUGCUGAGCUACAGUAUGCACUUGUAUUUCCUUAUGAAUGUUAUUAUUGCCUGUAAUGCUUGUCAAAUAAAGACUUAUUUUUCAGUAACCAAAGUGGUUCUAACUUGCAACCGCAGUAAUCUACUUAACAUUAUUUGUCUAUAUUUUUCCACAAAAUGGAGAUAAACCUCAGGCCUUAGCCAAAAUACAAG